ACUCGCAGAGCUCCAAAGAGAAAGGUUACAACGAGAGAGAGAGAGAGAGAGAGAGACGCGAAUGAGAUAUUAAGGGAGACGUCCGCCGCUUCGCGAGGAGAGAAGGACGGAGAGAGGUCACAUUAGAGAGGGAGAGCGAGCGAGCGCCAACACACACACAACACACCGGAUGGUACCGCCGCAACUCUAAGCAGCCUCUUCUCUCUCCGAAACUCUAUUUUCAUACGCGAGACCGCCUAUACAGGCAGUCGCAUCAUCGACUUCGCUUGGCGCGCACAUCCAGGGAACCGAUUCCGCCGCCUCCUUCUUCUUCCGGAUUUCUGCCGCACGGCCACACGCUUCUCGGCCAGCUUCAAUGACUGCCACUCUUCCGUAGAACCGCCUUUCCGACCUAGACAGCUUGGUUCAUUUUUUUUUUCUCCGUUCGUAAGCCGUUUCUGCGAGCAGGAUGACCAACAGUAGCAGCAGCAGCAGCAGCAGCAGCAGCAGAAGCAUCCUCGUCUGCGCGCUAGCGGCGCUAGCGUGGACCUGCGCGUCGGCUCUUCAGCGGCCGCCGCCGAGGUACUCCCAGCAAUACAUGCCGCAGACAUCCUUUACGUGCCGCAACAAAAUCAUUGGAAGCUACUACGCAGAUCCCGAAACCGAUUGUCAACUGUUCCACGUUUGCGUGUCUGUUGCCGGAAGCAUUCAGGACUACAGGUUCCUCUGCCCGAACGACACGGCCUUCGACCAGGAGAGCCAAACCUGCGCCGACUGGUACGACGUGGACUGCGAGGCCGCGACUCUCUACUACGCCAGCGACAACUUCGACCUGUACCGCAUCGGCUCGGGUCUGGAGUCGCUGCACUACGACAGCAUACGCAGCGACUACGAGCCCCAAGACCACCUGCAGCGCAGCGAGUCCAACGAUCCGAUUCGCUCGCCCUACAACAGCUUCGGCAACUCCAACGGCGGAAAGGACGUCGACCCGCCGAAGAAGAGCGGCAGCGCCGGUCAGCAGCAGUACAGCGCCGCGAGAACACAGAAGCAUUACCAGGAGCCCGAGAAGGACAACAAAUCCCAGGAGCAGCCGCAAGAGAAGAAGAGCAGCCUGCGCAAGGUGAGCCGCAAGCCGGCGCCGGCGAGCAACGCCUACGCCACCACGAAGCUGCAGCAGCCGACCACCGGCGCGCCGACCACCAGCAGCGGCCAGGCUCGCUACAAUCCCAACCAGGCGUUCGUCUACAGCACGACCACGCAGCGAGCGAGCAGCGCCAACAGCCCCAGGAUCAUCACCUAUCAUCAGCAGGCCAGCUCCACGCAGAGGCCUACGAGUAAGCACACCGUGCCGGCGGCGACCACUCUCAGGUCGACCGAGGCCUACACCAACUACCAGACCACCACGACCAAGAGCACCUUCCACGGCGCCUUUGGCUUCAACCGCUUCGAGAGCACCGCCAAGCCCACGCAGACCACUCGCUACAGCGAGCAGCCCCCCAACUAUUCCGCCCAGUACACCAGCCAGGCGCUGCCCUCGACCACCAAGCAGCCGCUCGUCUACGACUUCAACCAGCAGGCCAACUACAAUAGCUACGAGAGCACCAAGCAGAACGUCCACCCCGCCUACAGCGUCCACAGGACGAACGUUACGUCCUACCCGUCGACCACCCUCACCCCCCAGUACCCCAACCACAACUACGACAAUGUAAACGCCAACAACAACGCCAACAACAACCACAACAACCACAACAACCACAACAACUACCAGGCGACGAAGAAGGCCGACUACAACCAGAACAGCUACGCCACCAACACCUAUGCCCCGACCACCUACAGUCCCGUCACCAAGAAAUUCCCAAACCACCGGGCAUUCUUCGACAAGUCGUCGACCACUCUGACGACCAAAAGCGCUCAGUACACCGACGCCGAGUCGACCAAGGUCACGAAGAAGGUCACCCAGUACAAGCAGAAUUACCCCAACUUCGAGACCAGCACCAGGAGCUACGACUUCGGCAGGUCCUCCGUGGGGCUUGGCUUCAGUCCGUCCAGCGUCAACCAUCUGGCUGAGAAUGUCAGACCGACCACUCCGACCCCAAGACGAGCGGCCUCGCCAACGACCUACAAUCCCAACAACUUCAACGUAAACACUCACGCGCCCCAAGUGACGCAGCCCAAGCAGUCGUACUACCAGAACCAGGCGACCGCCGCCAAGCAGCAGCAAUACACCACCACCGCCAAGUACUACGAGGAGACCACGCUGCGCCCGAAAAUAAGCAAGAAAAACGACUACGACUAUGCCUAUUACGACAACGAUCCUCUUGCCUACGAUAACAUCGAAUUGGAGCACGUCAACAGCAACAAGGAAUCCGUCAAGAUUACAUAAGCACCCCACCACACUCCUAAUCACGAAGCGCGACUGCAGAUUCCAAUCUGAGACAAACAACCUACCCCCUCUCGAACGUUUUCAAAAUACAUUUUUUUUUUCAAUGAAUAUGGCCAGUUUUUAUCGUAAACUUAAUCUAUUAUAAUUAUUAUUAUUAAUUUUACAUCGUUGCCGUGCUAUGUAUGUGC